CCAUGGCCACCGCACAAGCCGAGAAACCCAAGACUCAACAGCCUCCCACUUACACUAACGACCCUGACGACUCGGAGACUGAUUACGAUUCGGAUGACUACAUCUCUGAGGAAGAGGAAGAUCAAGCACCGCAACAACAGAAGCAGACGGCCCAGCGUCGCCGGCGACCUCAAGCCCAGGGCCAGACUUACGACGAUGACGAUGACGAUGCAGAGUACUCUGAUGACUAUGCCUCGGACGAGUACGACGAUGACGACGAUUACAACGAUGAAUAUGACGAUGACGAGCAAGAAGCUGUGCAAGCGAUGGAGCGCUGGCAGCCUACUACGAUAAGCAGCAGUGACAACAAGAACCUCUCCAACGGCGCAAUGGAUCCGGCACCCUCGAACGACCAGAAGGGCGCAGAUGAGGAGGGUAUGCGCCUGAAGUUGGAACUGAACUUGGAGAUCGAGGUUGAGCUGAAGGCUCGCAUCCACGGUGAUUUGACAUUGGCUCUGCUAACCUGACGGAUUGACGAUUUUUCUUUGAUGAACGCAGCGCAUGAUCCGACAUGCUCUUCACCGAUUCGAUUCUGUUGUGCUUCGAGAGCGACCGUGCCAUCCGAAUCUCUUCUCGAGAGUUUCCUCGCCAUCGCAAAACAUCCCGUUUCCGCCGCCUGUGCUUGUCGCGUUACGACGAUUAUGAAAGGAUCU